CCCAGUUGCGCGCAGCUCGAGCUUGGGCAGGGCUGCAGCGUUGCGGCGGUCGACACCGUCUCGAGCGGACUCUUCCACACGCGCGCCCACACCGCACCGAGUCCAUGAAGACGGUGAGCUUACGGUUCCGUCCCGUCGUGAUUUACGCCCCGUCCGGUAGCGAUUUUUCGUUCGUGUCGCGGGACGACGGAUAUUUUUCUCGGGACAGACAUGACGCGCUCGUUACCGAGAACUGAUGCUACAACCCGUCGCGCGACGCCGCGUCGUCUCUAGCUCGUUUUGUCGGUGGUUUUUUGUUUUGCUUCUUUUCCUGACGGGAAGGUUUCCAACAUGUCUCUGAAAUCCAAGCAGUGCGAAGCGGUGAAGGUGGUGGUGCGCUGUCGCCCGAUGAGUCGCAAAGAAGAGGCGUCUGGCCACGAGAGCGUCGUGCAGGUAGACGUUAAAGUGGGCCAGGUCGCGCUGCGCAACCCCAAGGCGGGCCCGGGAGAGCUCGUGAAGACCUUCACCUUCGACGCGGUGUACGACGCCGGCUCGAAGCAGAGCGACGUCUACGACGAGACGGUGCGUCCACUCGUGGAUUCGGUGCUGCGCGGGUUCAACGGGACCAUCUUCGCGUACGGCCAGACGGGGACGGGGAAGACGUACACCAUGCAGGGCCAGUGGGCGGACGCGGAGCGGCGCGGGAUCAUGCCCAGUUCCUUCGAGCACAUCUUCACGAACAUCUCGCGCUCGAAGAACCAGCAGUACCUGGUGCGGGCGUCCUACCUGGAGAUCUACCAGGAGGAGAUCCGGGACCUUCUGGCCAAGGAGCACGGCAGGAGCCUGGAGCUGAAGGAGAGCCCAGAGACAGGAGUGUACGUGAGCGAGCUGUCGUCCUUCGUCACCAAGAGCGUGGCGGAGAUCGAGCACGUGAUGAACGCGGGCGACCGGGCACGCUCGGUGGGCGCCACCAACAUGAACGAGCGCAGCUCCCGAUCGCACGCCAUCUUCACCGUCACCGUGGAGUGCGGGCAGCCCGGGCCGGACGGGCGCACUCACAUCCGCGUGGGCAAGCUAAACCUGGUGGAUCUGGCGGGCAGCGAGCGGCAGGCGAAGACAGGAGCUCGAGGCGAGCGUCUGAAGGAGGCGGCGAAGAUCAACCUGUCGCUGUCGGCGCUGGGCAACGUGAUCUCGGCCUUGGUGGACGGGCGGAGCUCGCACGUGCCGUACCGCGACUCCAAGCUAACACGGCUGCUGCAGGACUCGCUGGGGGGCAACGCCCGCACGGCCAUGGUGGCCACGCUGGGGCCGGCCGCCUGCAGCUACGAGGAGACGCUGACCACGCUGCGCUACGCCAGCCGGGCCAAGCGGAUCAGGAACGUGCCGCGGGUCAACGAGGACCCCAAGGACGCGCUGCUGAGGGAGUUCCAGAGGGAGAUCGCCAGGCUGAAGGCGCAGCUCGACCGGCGGGGCGCGCCGGGCGCGAGGGAGAAGAAGGGCAGGAAGGACCACGGGCAGGAAGAGGAGGGCGAGGAGGAGGAGGAUAUGGAAAAGGAGGCACAGGAGUACAUCAAGGAGCAGCAGGAGAAACUGGAGCGGGAGAAGGAGGCCAUCAUGGACGACCGCACGCUGGUGGUGGAGGAGAAGCAGAGACUCCUGGAGGAGAAGGAGAGGAUGAUGGGAGAUCUCAGGAAGGAACAGGAAGCCACUGCUCUCCUCACCGCCAAGUUCAAGGCAAUGGAGAGCAAGCUUCUGGUUGGAGGAAAGAACAUCAUUGAUCACACUAAUGAACAGCAGAAGAUUCUGGAACAGAAAAGACAAGAGAUCACUGAACAGACCCGUAGAGAACGGGAGAUGCAACAGCGGAUGUUGGCUCAGGACGAGGAGACCCUGGAGCUCAGGGAGACGUUCUCCUCUCUGCAGCAGGAGGUGGAAGCCAAGACUAAAAAACUAAAGAAGUACAAAAAGCUGUAUGCUAAACUCCAGGCAGUGAAGGCAGACAUUCAGGAUGUGAAUGAUGAGCAUGUCAGAACCAGACAGGAGCUGGAACAGACGCAGAAUGAGCUCACGAGAGAGCUGAAGUUCAAAUACCUGAUCAUUGAGAACUUCAUCCCGCCUGAAGAGAAGAAUAAGACCGUGACCCGCCUGGUGUUUGAUACAGAAGAGGACCAGUGGAGGUUCCAGCCUCUUGUUCCUGCUGAGAAUAAGUUCACUCAGAUGAAGAAGAGACCUGCCUCUGCGGUGGGCUAUAAACGACCAAUCAGCCAGUAUGCCAGGGUUGCCAUAGCGAUGGGAGCCCACUCCAGAUACAGAGCAGAAAACAUCAUGCUUCUGGAGCUGGACAUGACUCCGCCCACCCUGUUUCACAUGGACUUCCCGAGGUCAGGGUCAGAGGCGGAGCCGAGUCAAGACGCGCUAUUGGACAACGCUUCGUACAGAGAGAGGAUGGCAGGGGGCCGGGUCAGGAAGUCUCGGUCAUGGUGCCAGACUCUCCGGCCCACCUCCUCCUCAGGCUCACCCUUCUCUCUGGCAUCCUCAGGGUCCAACAGCCUGCCACACGCCCACAGCGCUACCACAGCAACAGCUCACCAGUGAGGUUCCAGGGAACUCGGGCCUCGUCGCUUCUGCGGUGCACCAAUGAGGGACGAGCAAAGGGUCACUCGUCCUGCCCCCUUCUCGUAUUGUAUGUUACCACUGCGCAAAACCUGGCCCAAUCAGCCGAGGCUUCCCCCUGUUCAGCUCUGGCUCAGUACACCAAUCAGAGAGCUGCGACUCUUUUGAGAAGAGUCCUACAUGACUUUCUUGUUGUCUACUUUUUCUCACUAUCCCUGCAUCCUCCCGCUCUCUCUUUUGCUGCCAACAUCGAGGGUCCGUUACGUACGUUAUUUCGUCCAGUUCGUUCGAAUUUUUGUUUUAUUUCUCUGUUAUUUUGCCUUUCUGAGACUGCUGGACGAACUCAAGACCUUUACUACCGACGUGCUGGGAAAAUACACUCCAGAAGUCUUAGCCGGGGCAGGGGGACACGUACCGGAGAGGACGCUCCCAGAGCCCGCGCGUACGGAGCUCUGCGGUGGCGCCACUCUGGACUCCGACCUCUCUUGCUUCCUGUUUGGUCCGCUGUAAAGAGAACACUGGAAAACGAGAGAAAGAGGCAUGGCCGACGAGUGGAGACGCCCUGCGCUUCUCUCUUUCCCGGAACUCCAUCUGCACGUCUUUCUCUGCGCACGUGUGUGUGUGUGUGUGUCUUAGUGAUGGAGCAGGGUCUCUGCUGGAUUCCACCCAGAAUGUAUGCUCUGGAAGGUGGGAUCUGGAAUAUGGGUUCUAGAUCGCAGGCUCUGGAAUGGCCAGAGGUGGGUGUGUUCUGCACAGAGUGGGUAGAAGAGACCGAGCGCGUCUUUCACGAUAGCCGGGCCUGCCAACACGGUUCCUGCAAACACGACAGGGGGUUCGUCCAUCAGCAAGCCGGAAGCUUUGUCUAGUGACACGAGACUUCUCACUGGAGCAGACGUGCCAUAACGUAAUGAGAGUGAAAUCAUCAUGGAGACGCCUAAUUGUGGCGUUAAAAAGGGGGGCUCGCAGUUGCAGGCAGACACCAUAGUUUGAUGGUUCUGGACAUACAGCAGGAGGGAGUGGUUGACCUGCGUGGGAGGGUUACUUCUACCCAUUCUGGGGGUCCGAGCUUCGCUUAAACCUUUAAAUUUCUGCGCAAACUGGUACCAAAAGACAUCGUAGGACGCACACAAAUACACUUAAUACAGAUACCUGAUCUGAAAGCUAAACACAAAGAGGAUGUCUCGAGUUAACAUACACAAUGAAAUGCGCACACACACAAACAAACACACUUAAAACAGAUACAUGAUCUGAAAGCUAAACACAAAGAUGGCGUCUCUAGUUAACAUACACAGUGAAUUGCACGUGUGCACACACACACAUAUCCUCUGGCCCAUCCACCAGACUGGAACUGUACAGAUAGAUGAAGUCUCAUUAAGAAUAAGAACUGUGAAUAUUUGCGUGUGUUUAAAUUGUGUGUUAUUGGCUUAUGGACUGUGCGAUAUCUCUGAACUACUGAAAUAAAGCAAGAGAUUACCAGUGAAAAUA